GUCAGUCUGGCUUCGACCUCCGUGGCGAGUGGGUGUGUCUCUUCGCGUUCGCCCCGAGAGGUUCUGCCAAAGAAGUUUUUUUUCGGUGGCAAGAGGAGAAUGACACCAGGCUGAACAACACAGAGCACUAGCGCGCCGCGCGCAGCGUCUCGAGGUGUGAACCGUCAGUGGUAACACUUCAAGAUGCAGCCGGACGAGGAGGGCUUCCCGGCGCCUCCUCUGGGCUCCUCGUUCCCCUCGCUGCCCUCCAGGGACGGCGAGAGCGGGGAGAUCCUCGGGGACAAGGUGGUGGCCCUCAGGAGGGCGCCCGAGGAGCCCCCCCGGCGCCUCCGCCUCCGGCCGGGCGUGCCCCGGGGGAGGGACCAGCCCGGCCACUACUCUCUGCUCAAGCAGCACCAGCAGUUCAGCGGCUUCAGGAUUCGGGACGCCUUGGCUCAGCAGGGAGGACUGCGGCUGAGGAAGGGCAGCAUGAGCUACAGCAGGGGACCCGUGCCUGUGCUGCAGCCUCAGCAGCAGAUGCGUGUGGAGAUGAGGGGCGGCGCCCCCGUGUGGCAGGCGGCCUUCCCGAGGGAGCCCCGGCAGUGGCAGGAGGAGUGGGGCCAAGUGCGCUUUCGGCCGCCCUUCCGCGUCCCUCGGGAGAGCCUGCCGGAGUCUAAACCAUCGCUACCGUCAAAUGUCCUGCGAGUAAAUAUAUGGGAAGAAUUCAUGUAUGGAACAAGUGCCUUGAAAAGGAAGGGGCACCACAUGAAAGACGACGGGAAUUCGUUUUUAAACAAAAUCAUAUCGUCAUUAGAACAGUUUUUGCCCAAACAGUUAGCACAUAUCGUCCUGUGCAUGUUGUAUUUCUUCUUCUACUUCUUUUCCUGUUGUGCAUAUAACAAUUACUUGGAAAUUGGCUUGUAUAUAUUAUUCUGCGGACACUUGCGAAUACACGAGUGUGCUUAUGAAAACGACAUUGACUUGGAUUUUACCGGGAGUCUGUUCGAGGGACCUGCAUAUGCGUGGAUAAGGGCCUACUGCCAGCACUGCAUACACAAGUCCAAUAUAAAAGUCUUUGAUUGCCAAAUGAAGAAAAUGAAAAUGGACAUUAUGGCAGCGAAGAAAAUGUAGCAGAGGAUUUGUCUGCCUCAUCAAAGGGAAUCGGCGACAGGGAGAGAGUUCGCUUGUGAUAUGCAGUUUCUGUCUCUGUUGGUCGCACGCACACGCAUCCGCAUACGCAUACGCAUCCGCACGCACGCACGCACGCACUCACUCACUCGCUCGC